AAAUAGAAGCAUUUCAUUGAUUGGGAAACAGCUGUUUUACGUGUAGUAUUAUUUGCAGUCUGUCUCUUUGUUCCUGGGUCUUCCUGGGUUAUUUUCCUCACACCAAGUGUACUUUACGUCCAAAGAGUAACUCAGAAGUCGCGGGAAUAAGCGCAGAAUGCAGUAAAGUGUGCAUAAGACUAGGAAUAUAAAAAAACUAGGAGUAAAAAAUUACUUUACCAAAACAAAAAAAAAUGUGUGGGAAACUGAGUGAAAAUCUUGAGUUCUGGAUGACGAAUCUUCCAGUACCACUCAAGGAUAUUCCGGUGAUUAAUUUAGCCAUUCCGGGAACUCACGAUUCAAUGACUUAUGACAUGAGAGCUUUGAGUCCCGUGGCACCAGAUGCUGAAGCAUGCGUUCAUGUCUUGCACAAAUUCAUUCCCUGCGUAAUCAAACGCUGGGCAGUGACGCAGAAACUCUCCUUAACAGAGCAACUUCUCAAUGGGAUUCGCUACCUUGAUUUUAGGAUUAGUUUUCGCCUCCCCGAUGCGAAGUACUACUUUGUUCAUGGACUGUAUUGUGAAGAAAUUGUUGAGGCUCUGCAUGAAAUUAGGGACUUCCUAGAGAGUCAUCCGGGAGAAGUGAUAAUCCUGGAUAUUCAGCAUAUGUAUCAGUUUGAGGAGAAGAAUCAUUCUGAACUGAUGGGUAUGCUUCAGGAUGUCUUGGGUGGAAAAGUCUGGCCCAGAGAUGGUCGAUUGCUGAAGCAGUGGACACCAAAAGUGGCUUGGGAGAGUGGGAAGCAACUUUUGAUAAUCUACAGGAAUCACCAAGCUCAAUUUGUCCAGAGCUUCUGGACUGCUGAGGAUUGGCCGACUCCGUGGCCCAAUCAGACCAAUGUGAGCAAACUGAAGGAUUAUCUGGAGCAAAGUCUAUCCAUGCGAUCUCCCCAACAGGGAUUCGUUACCCAAUGUGUACUUACUCCCAAUAUAUCUUACACUGUGCCACGCUUCUUUUCCUCUCUUCAGCGAACUUGUGCCCGUAAAGUCUUCCGGAAGCUUCUCUCCUGGAUUGCCACCCAAAAACCCGGACCCUGGCGUCCAGGAGAUCAACCUACAGUCAAUGUUAUCCUGGCGGAUUUUGUGGAGAUCCAGAACAGUGAAUUUUGCAAAAUAGUCGUUGAUCUGAAUCUCAAACUGUACACGGAAAAGAUCAUCACGAUGGAGUCUUCAGCGUGAAAGCUUUCUCCUUCCUGGCGUUUGCUACUCUACCUUCACACUUCAGUCAAUAGCGAGAUGCCCGCUCAAUUCAAUUGUGAUAUUAGUAAUUUAUUUUUUUUUAGUUUAUUUGCACAGCAUUAGUUCGGCAACCGGAGAACAUCAGACAUUCCAGUUCUUGCUGCAGCUUCAGUAAAUAUUUUUUAAUUUAUAAAAAUAACGACCUAAGGGAAGAGGCUUAAACUUUACAAAAAAGCAUUGUGAUUACAUUGUAAGAUUUCCGAUCUUGAAAUAUAGCUCGUUCAAAAGUGGAAAAAGUGAGUUAAACUUAUAAAAAUCUACUUAAAUUUAUUAAAAAAAAAUAUAUUCAAGAUUCUGUCAAUUUUAUUUGUUUUAUAAUUCUGUGUUUCCACCAUGACUAAAACGGUAUUGUAAGUAGUAAUAAAUCAAUCGGAUUGAUAUCAAAAA